AUGCUUUGGCCGCACAGAGAAAGGGCGGCUCGAAGCAGAACAGUUCUGAUUCAACACCUGGUAUUUUCCCUCACUGCGGGACGUGGCUGGCCAUGUGGGGGGGGGGCCUAUUAUCCAUGGCUGCGGCGCCACCUCCAGCAGAAGGACUCGGGAACGACAGAGAGAGCGAGAGAGGACACACAAAAAGACGCCGAAGCCGCUGGUCGGCUCGCGCCCUUGGGGCGACCUGGGACGUCCAGGUGCUCCCGGCAGUUCACGACCCGCGAGGCCUUCCAGGACGUGGCCAUCGCGUUCGACGAGGGCGUCGCGGCCCUGUCCACCGCGCACUUCGCGACCGUGGUGGGAUGCGCAGCCGAGACCGAUGGCCGCCGAGCUCGGCACGAGGUGCAGGGCGCUCCCGGCCGAGGCGGGCCCACGCGUGCCGUAUGA